AUACCCUUUGUAGCCCUCAAGAUGUCGACAGUACUCCGUACCGCCCGCAACUUGUGGCGGAUUGGCUUCAAAGAAUAUGGCCACCAAAUGCAGUAUAUUGGCGAUACCAAAGCUGGGACGUUGAUAGCUACAGACCGAUACGGAAACAAAUAUUAUGAGAACAUGGAAGAGCUACCGCUUCGAACGCGCUGGGUCGACUAUACACAGAAAGAAUUCGACGCAUCCCAAAUUGAUGUUGGCUGGCACGCAUGGUUAGCCUAUAUGGUCGACAAGCCUCCAACCCAAGAUGCAAUCUUGCAAGCCGGCGUGCGAUCAUGGGAACUGCCGGAGCACCGACCAACUAUGACGCUAACUCGUGGCGCGUACAAACCAUAUUCCACCGUGAGGCCGAAAUAUUCUGCUUGGAAGCCCGUUGCAGUACCCAGAUAAAUGUGUGAUCAGUUUAAAUGGAAAAGACCCUCCCAUGGGUGGCUUCUUUCGCACGGUCCUAGAUUUGAAGGGCGGUGGUUGGCGGCGACUAUUGCACUGUACAUAUAUCCACUUUUCUAUGCCUAUAGAAUGAAAUGUGAUAGUUUAUUCACAUUGAAUAGAGAUUUUGAGAGAAGCACAACGAUAUUUUUCUAUAA